AUGGCUGUUUGGACGGACGCCAGCUCCUUGGCCACCGGAGUCGUGCUGGAGUCAGCGGACGGUGACGUCAUCGAGGACGCGUGCUGGCUAAGACAUAAUGAGGCCACGCACAUCAACAUGGCCGAGCUGGACGCCGCCAACCGAGGCGUCAACCUGGCUGUCGCCUGGGGAGCGCGGACAAUCGAUCUCCGCACCGACUCGGCCACUGUUCAUCGCUGGCUUGAUGACGCCAUCAGCGGCCGCGCGCGCCUCAGAACAAAGGCGCACGGGGAGCUGAUGAUUCGGCGACGUGUGGGGAUCAUCUGUCAGCUGGUCGGUGAGCUGCGGCUACGACUGUCGGUGACGCUCGUGCGGUCGGCUGAGAACCGAGCUGACGCACUGACGCGAGUCCCCAAAGACUGGCUUCGUAACGUGAGUGUGACUCGAGAGUGCGAGUCUCCAUCGCCCGGAGUCAGUGCGGCGGUCGUCUCCGAGCCGCCGCCUCUGGCCGGUGCCGCCGCUGGGCGUGCCGACAGCGGUACGGCGGACGAGCUCCGUGCAGCCGUGUGCCAGUCACACGAUCGGGCCGGCCACCCCGGUGUCCGUCGGACAUUGUACUUUGCCCGCCGUGAUGUGUCGCGUGACGUCACCCGGGCUAUGGCUCGUGCUGUGGUGGAGAACUGUGACGCGUGCCGCUCGAUUGACCCGGCCCCGGUGCGGUGGAGACAUGGCUCGCUCGGCGUGUCUGUCCCGUGGCAGCGCAUAUCCAUCGACGUCACCCAUCACCGCGGACAGAACUACCUCACCGUCAUUGACUGUGGGCCAUCGCGCUUCUGCGUGUGGCGCUCGCUGCGUCGCGCCAACGCCAACGAGAGCGUUGGCCACCUAGAGCAGCCAUUUCUCGAGCGCGGAGCCCCUGAGGAGAUCCUGACAGACAAUGACACGGUGUUCCGUGGCCGUCAUAUGGCUGUGCUCGCGGCGCGGUGGAGAGUGGCUCUCAGAUUCCGAGCUGUCCACGAGCCAGGCGGGAAUGGUGUGGUGGAGCGGUGCCAUCGGACAAUCAAAGUCAUCGCCGCGAGGCGCCAGUGUACCGUGGCCGAAGCGGUUCACAUUUACAACGUGACCCCGCGCGAUGGAGUGACGGCAGAGUCCGCCCCGGCAUCCGGGGUGUAUCAGUACACCGUGCGGGAUUGUAUUCGGUCCGCGCCGUCUGACGCCGCUGAAGCUAGCGAGCGGCACUCACCCGAGUCUGACGACCGGUGUCGUGUUAGGCCGCCGCUAUCUGACGCCACGGAGGCUGUGGGGUCACCCCCACUUGUAUCUGACGGGGCGCGUCUCAGAGUGGGGGACAGGGUGUGGGUGCGCCGACGUGGGACACGCUGCACAGAUAUGUCACGGCGCGGGACGGUGACGGGCUUGGUGUCGCGACAGGUAGUCGAGGUCGAUGGGGUCCCAUGGCACGUCAGAAACGUUCGUCACCGAUGUGACCGGCAGGACAGCGACGGGGACAGUGACAGUGUCGAUGACGGCGACGGGGACAGUGACAGUGUCGAUGACGGGCCGCCAUUGUACGUGGACUGUCACUGGGAGGCAACUGAGGACGGCGCUGACGCGGUUGUAGACAAUGGAACGACCGUGCGUGCUGUGCCUGAGACACUGCAGCACGCCACGGAGCAGACGGGGACUGAGCCCCCUGCAGCCGAGCCGGCUGUGGCUGAGCCUCCUGCAGCCGAGCCGGCUCAGGUCGAGCCGGUGCUGCUGCGGCGGAGCGCCCGCCUGCAGAGUCGGAUGGUCCGUUAG